GCCAUGGCUUCCACGCUCCUUCUCUCCCCUCCUCCUCCUCCUCUUCAGCUCCCUUCUCUCCAAACCCCUCCUCCCAACUCCUCCUCGCCUCCUCAACGGAGACCACUUCCCACCCCCUCGUCAUGGACCGAGACGCUCCGUUCCCACGCCCGCGCCAACUCCUUCCAGGAAGCCCUCUCCACCUUCAUCUCCAUGACCUCCGCCGGUGUCUCUCCCGACCACUUCGCCUUCCCUGCCGCCCUCAAGGCCGCCGCCGGCUUGAAAGACCCCAACGCCGGCCGCCAGCUCCACGCCGCCGUCGUUAAGUCCGGCUACCACUCCUCCCCGGUCACCGUUUCUAAUACUCUUCUCACAAUGUACGCUAAGUGUGAUGACAUUGGAAGUGCCUUCAAGGUGUUCGACAGAAUGCCUGAGAAAGACCAGGUGUCCUGGAGCUCAAUGGUUGCCGCGCUCUGCAUGUUUGAGGAGUGGGAGCUCGCUCUUGAGGCUUUCAGGAUGAUGCAGGAGGAUGAUUUGGAUCCGAGUUCGUUCACUCUCGUCAGUGUUGUGCAGGCGUGCUCGAAUUUGAGCAAGAGUGAAGGGUUGAGACUCGGGAAGCAAGUGCAUGGAUAUGGGCUGCGAAAUGGGUUUUAUAGUGAUGGGAAGACGUUCACUUAUAAUUCAUUGGUUUCAAUGUAUGCAAAAUUAGGCAAGGUGUGUGAUUCUGUGGCGCUCUUUGAUCGGUUUGAUAACAGAGAUAUGGUGACAUGGAAUACGAUGAUUAGCUCUCUCGCUCAAAAUGAAAGAGAUGAAGAGGCAUUGGCUCUUGUGAACCAAAUGGUGCUCUCUGGGAUUAAACCGGAUGGAGUUACAUUGUCGAGUGUGCUCCCGGCUUGUUCCCGCUUGGAGUUGUUCAGUACCGGAAAGGAAAUCCAUGCAUAUGCAUUGAGGAAUGAUGGUCUUUUUGAGAACUCCUUUGUAGCAUGUGCGCUGGUGGAUAUGUAUUGCAAUUUUGGGAAAGUUGACAAGGGCCGAUAUGUAUUUGAUCGGGUUUCGGAGAAGAGACUUGGUAUUUGGAAUGCUAUGAUUUCUGGGUAUGCACAAAAUGGACUCUAUGAAGAAGCAUUAGAUCAAUUUAUUCAAGUGGAGACGAUAGCCGGUUUAAUGCCUAAUGCUACCACUUUAGCCAGUGUACUUCCUGCUUGUGUGUGCUCUGAAACGUUCCCUGAUAAAGAGAGCAUCCAUGGUUAUGUGGUGAAGAGAGGCUUGGAAGGCGACAAGUAUGUGCAGAACACACUCAUGGAUAUGUACUCUAGAGUGGGAAAAUUAGAUGUAGCUCGCAGGAUUUUUAAUUGCAUGGAGGCAAGAGAUGUGGUUUCGUGGAAUACCAUGAUAACUGGCUGCAUCAUCUGUGGCCAUUUCAGUGAAGCGUUUUAUCUGUUGAGCCAGAUGCAAAGAACCCGAAAUACUGACGAUGAAAUUGAUACUGAUGCGGUAGUACACACCAAUUAUAAACCGAAUAACAUCUCUCUCAUCACAGUUCUUCCUGCUUGCGCUAUUCUUGCGGCCCUUGCUAAAGGAAAAGAGAUACAUGCUUAUGCAGUGCGAAACUUUUCAGCUUCAGAUGUUGCUGUUGGGAGUGCCCUUGUUGACAUGUAUGCAAAAUGUGGUUGCUUGACCUUAUCAAGAAGAGUGUUCGACAGGAUGUCCAAACGGAAUGUGAUCACUUGGAAUGUGCUGAUUAUGGCGUAUGGCAUGAAUGGGCAGGGGGAGGAAGCACUGAGGCUGUUUCAAGAUAUGGUGAUCGGAGGAGAAGCAAAGCCAAAUGAAGUAACAUACAUUGCAGUCUUCGCAGCAUGCAGUCAUUCAGGAAUGGUGGACAAGGGGGUAGAUCUUUUUCAUAAAAUGAGAAAAGAUCAUGAAGUUGAGCCAACAGCAGAGCACUACGCUUGUGUUGUCGAUUUGCUUGGUCGAGCAGGGAAAUUGGAGGAGGCAUACCAUCUGAUUACUACAAUGAAACCCGGUAUACAACAAGCUGCAGCAUGGAGUAGCCUGUUAGGCUCUUGUCGAAUUCAUCGCAAUGUGAAACUAGGAGAGACAGCAGCUAACCAUCUAUUCGAACUAGAGCCAAAUGUAUCAAGCCACUAUGUACUUCUUUCAAACAUCUAUGCAGCUGCAGGGUUAUGGGAUAAGGCAAUGGAGGUUAGAAAUAAAAUGAAGGAAUUAGGUGUGAAGAAGGAACCUGGUUACAGUUGGAUAGAAGUAGGUGAUCAGGUUCACCAAUUCAGAGCCGGGGAUUCCCUGCAUCCACAGAGUGCAGAAGUCCAUGCAUUUCUUGAGAAAUUAUGGAGUAAAAUGAGAAAAGAAGGGUAUGUUCCUGAUACUUCUUGUGUGCUCCACAAUGUGGAUGAGGAUGAGAAGGAACUUCUCUUGUGCGGCCACAGUGAGAAGUUGGCGAUCGCGUUCGGUAUUUUGAACACCGCCCCUGGAACACCUAUCAGAGUUGCCAAGAACCUUAGAGUUUGCAAUGAUUGCCACACAGCCUCCAAAUACAUUUCCAAGAUCGAAGGAAGGGAUAUAAUUUUACGAGAUGUCAGGAGGUUCCACCAUUUCAGAAAUGGAUUCUGUUCUUGUGGAGAUUACUGGUAACUGAAACAAUGAAUCAAUUCUUGCUGAUAGGAUGUACAUUUUCGAUGUUAUCAUGAAACCAAUCAACCAUUGUAUGUGACUUUCAUUUUUUUGAUGGAAUCAAUCAUACAUUGUAUUUA